AUGCAUCUACAGCACCAGCCUCAGUUGCAGCCUCAGGUUCAGCUUCAGUCUCAGCCUCAGCCUCAACAUCAGUAUCAGAAGCAGCUCAAUCUUCUUCUACACAGGAUCUUGAAUAUUAAAGAAAAGGUUACAUCCCUUGAUCAGCGUGUCACUCACAUAGAAAAGUAUCAGGCUAGAUCUUCUAGGGGAGGUGAUCCCAUGGAUAUUAGCUCCGCUUCUCAAAGUGGAGAUGAUGAUAAUGACUCUGUAGAAAAUGAAGGAGAUUCUAAAGAAGAAGGUAAUGAAGAAGAUACUGAAGAAGAAGGAACCCAAGAAGAAGAAGAAGAAGGGCAAGGAGAUGGCUUUAAAGAAGAAAGAUAG